CCUUGCUCCGCGUCUGGCCCGCCUCGCCCCCGCGCGGCCUCUCCGCUUUCUCUCCCGCUUCCCUCCGGCCUCGCCGAGUCUGCAGCGGGGCGUCGGGAAGAUGGCGGCGCGGGGAGGCGGCGCGGGGGGCGCGGGCCCGGAAUCCGGACCCUCUGCUGGGACGGCGGGGGAGGCCGCGGAGCCCGCGCUGCGCCCGGGAGAGGUGGCCGUGCUGCACCCCCAGGAGGUGGCCGCGCGGCUGCAGCGGAUGCGGCGGGAGCUGAGCAACCGGCGGAAAAUCCUGGUGAAAAACCUGCCCCAGGACAGCACCUCCCAGGAGGUUCAUGAGCUCUUACAGGACUAUGAGCUAAAGUAUUGCUAUGUGGACAGGAAUAAACGCACAGCAUUUGUUACCUUGUUGAAUGGGGAGCAAGCACAGAGCGCGAUUCAGAGGUUUCAUCAAUUUUCUUUUCGAGGCAGAGAACUAAUAGUGCAGCUGCAGCCCACGGACGCCCUGUUGUGUAUCACCAACCUGCCCGUCUCUUUCACAUUAGAAGAGUUUGAAGAACUCGUCCGCGCGUAUGGGAAUAUCGAGAGGUGUUUUUUGGUCUACAGCGAAGCUACCGGCCACUCCAAAGGCUACGGGUUUGUGGAGUACAUGAAAAAGGACUUUGCUGCCAAGGCCAGACUGGAGCUGUUGGGCAGGCAGAUGGGAGCUUCGGCCCUCUUUGCACAGUGGAUGGAUGUUAACCUCUUGGCCUCGGAGCUCAUCCAUUCUAAGUGCCUUUGUAUAGACAAACUCCCCAGUGACUACAGGGAUUCAGAAGAGCUCUUGCAGCUUUUCUCCGGUAUCCAUAAACCUGUGUUCUGCCAGCUUGCACAGGAUGAAGGAGGUCACGGUGGUGGCUUUGCAGUGGUUGAAUAUAGCACUGCAGAGCAUGCCGAGGAGGUUCAGCAGGUGGCAGAUGGCAUCACCAUCAAGGGGAGCCAAGUCCAGCUGUCCUUCUGCGCCCCAGGAGCACCAGGGCGGAGCACCCUAGCGGCCCUCAUAGCAGCUCAGCGCGUGAUGCACAGUAACCAAAAGGGAUUACUGCCAGAGCCAAAUCCGGUACAGAUUAUGAAAAGUUUAAAUAAUCCUGCCAUGCUACAAGUUCUUCUGCAGCCCCAGCUGUGCGGACGAGCACUGAAACCAGUUCUCGGAUUCGCACCCAGCUUGUCUCAUCUGCUGAGUCCGUCCCUCCCCUCCGCGCUGUUGCACUUCAGUAAAACACAACAGAGCUCAGCUGUGGCUAAUGCCUCGCCCUUGCUCCUUCAGAAUCUUUCUCACCUACCCUUGGGACAGCACCAGCUGAUGAAGUUGGACACUACGCAUACUAACAAUAGGCCUGGCUUGCUGGGAGAACCUCCCGCCAUGGUGCUGCAGCCUGCCCUGGCGAUCGGGCCACCGCUCCCACUGAAGACAGACCUAGGACACCAUGGAGAAGUACACAAAACAACUAAUCUGAUCCCAGCUCCAGCGACCCUGGCAGCCGGGCUGGGCAUGCUGCCAUUCUUCGCACAGCAACUCCCUGCUGGACAAGCCGGGCCGGGCCGUGGGACCACUCAGGAGAAGCAGUCCGCCUCAGCAAGCAUCGGUGAAGCUGGUUUCUCAGGGUCGCAGCACUAUCUGCAAACCCUCCCAGGCCUUCCUGCGGGAGGCCCGCUGACAGGCCACCAGAAGACACAGCAAAGCCAGCCCAAAGGCCCAGAGGCUGCCUCUAAGAGUCAGACUUCACUCUUGGGAGAACCACCAAAAGAAAUUCGGCUCAGUAAAAAUCCGUAUUUGAAUUUGGCAAGCGUGUUACCCAGUGUGUGCCUGUCAGCUGCAGGGAAAGGUGAACCACAGAAGACUGGAAUUACAAGCAACCUUCUGGAUGUAAUUGCUCAGGGAAGUGAGUCCCAGCAUGCACUGGAGAAGUGCAUCACUUAUUCUCCACCUUUCGAGGAUUAUGUCCAGGUAUCCUCUUUGAGAAAUGAGAAACGAGGCUCCUCCUAUCUCAUCUCUGCCCCAGAAGGGGGCCCAGUAGAACUAGCUGGCCAGCACCCUCAGGACCCAGGAGCGAGCUACACGGAAACCUACUUGAAAAAGAAGCGUGUGUACUGAGCUCGGCGUCUCCGGCCCACCUGCUGCGGUUCUCUGCGGUCUC